AUGGCGGAUUCGACUACAAAAGAUCUCACAGGCACAGUCGGCAACGCAACCGGCGGCCGCGGCCUCCCGGACGUAGGCGAAACAAUGGGCUCGGUAACCAACCCGGGGAACAAGACAAAGGGAAAGAAAGGAAAGGGGAAAGGGAAUGAGGAGGGAGAGGAUGAAGAAGGGUUUGGGCUGGAUAAUAAUAAGGAUGUCAAGGGGAGCUUGAAGAUUCAUAUCAAAUUGGAUCUUGAGGCUGAUAUUAGAAUUAUUGCAAGGGUGAAGGGUGAUAUCGCGAUUGGCAUCUUGUAG